AUGUACGUGAUAAUUAUUGACAGUUUUUGUCUUCCUCUGCCCUUCUGCGCCUGAGUUACAUACUGAAAACUGUGUUUUGGGUCAAGCUGCGGCUGGACUCUCGUGACACCGCUGUCCCGUCCGCAUCUUUAUCCGCAUCCAGAGCUCCGGAAGCCCGCAGGAGCGGCAGCAUGCAGGGCGCUCAGUGCGAAGGUUAAACGGGGCGCUGCCAGCACCCAGGCUCAGGGGUCUCCAUUGUUUCCAAGCAAGACCCUAGGAUUUUUUUACCCCCCUUUUUUUUUCUAAAAAAAAUAAAAUAAAAUCUGCAAGUAUUUCUUGAGCAUGGAGCAAAAUGGGAAUAACAGCGAGGAGGAAUCAGAGUGUGUUCAAGAGGAAGAGGUGGACCCUAGAAUCCAGGGAGAACUGGAAAAGCUGAACCAGUCUACAGAUGACAUCAACCGCUGUGAGAGUGAGCUGGAGGAUUUCCGCCAGAGGUUUCGUGUUGUGCUGGUGGAAGCAACAGUGAAGCUGGACGAGCUGAUGAAGAAGAUCGGUCGAGCUGUGGAUGAGUCCAAACCUUACUGGGAAGCUCGUAAAGUGGCAAGAAAGGCCCAGGUCGAAACCCAAAAGGCCACUCAGGAGUUCCAGCGGGCGGUGGAGAUCCUGCGGGCGGCCAAGGAGACCAUCGCCUUGGCAGAGGAGAAACUUCUGGAGGAGGACAGUCGCCAGUUUGACUCAGCAUGGCAGGAAAUGCUCAACCACGCCACACAGAGAGUGAUGGAGGCAGAACAAGCGAGGACGCGGAGUGAAGCUGAACACAGGAAAACAGCCGCCAACUAUAAUUUGUGCAUCAGCCGCAUGAGGCAGCUGGAGAAGAAGCUGAAGCGCUCCGUAAACAAAUCCAGACCCUAUUUUGAGCUGAAAGCCAAAUAUUAUCUGCAGCUUGAGCAACUGAAGCAUCGCGUGGACGAGCUUCAGGCCAAACUUGUGUCUGCCAAGGCCGAGUACCGUUCAGCGUUACGUAACCUGGAGAGCAUCUCCGAGGAGAUCCACGCCCAUCGGCGCUCCCUGGCUUUGGGAACCAGAGAGCAAGGUGUUGGUGCCGAGGUGGACGAGGCAAACGAGGACAUCGCCAACUUCACCAUGGACUCAGACGGCCUGUCGAUGGUGUCAGUGUCAGUCGAUGAAGAGGGCAGUCAGAGCUCUGAGGAGGAGUUGGACACUCGCAGCACCUCCUCGUGCCAACCGAUGCCCUCCUCUCCCUCCUCCUCCACCUCCCACCCCUCCACACCUGCCAGCACAUCUUUCCCCUAUGUCUUCCCCUCCUCCCCCUCGAUCUCCUCUUCCUCCUUAUGUCCCGACGGUCUGGAUUUAGUGAGCCCUUGCAGCUCUCACAGCCCAGACUCGGUGCACGGUUCUGGGCACACCUCACCCCUCCUGGGCCCCCGCAGCCAGUGCAGUGGAGCCUCCUCUCCAGACUGUGACCAGGAGAGAGGUGACAGAGCAGAAGGGGCGGAGGUGACAUUAGAGGACAGUCUGAACAAGCUAACCUUGACUGUUGCACAAGUCUGUGAGGACGAGGACGAUCCUCAUCCCGCUGACUCUGGUGUGUCCUUCCCCAGCUCUGCCUCCACCGUCCUGUUACUCAGCAGUGUCUCACCCUGAACACUAGCUCUCCCCAGCUCUGAGUGUUAACUCCGUUUGCAGAGCAGAGUGAAAGCAGCAAGACAUGAAGCUGCAUGUCUUUGUGUAAACAUCAGCAUUGUCACAUGAAAGGGGGUGCAUUAAAUGUCAGAAUAACCUUGUUGGACAGACCGCAGAAGCACGUGGACAUGUAAACAAAUCGGUUUGGGGGAAAGGCAAUAGGUGAUCUGUUUUUUUUUUCUGCAGCAUUAAAGCUGGUGAAGGGCUUUGACGAAACUCCAACCCUCGUGAGGUAAAGACGGUCUGCUGAUGGACUGGUUUUCUUCCACUCUGCAUUUUCAAAGAUGUUUUGUGCCAUUAAGUGUCUUGGUGUUGUGGAGAGGCGACACGUAGAGCUAUGCAUUGAUCCACAUCUACGUAGCAAACAUUAAACCCAGAUUUUCUGGUUCCACAUGAACAAAUGGACAGAAACAAAGCUCACAGUGUGGAUUCUUGGGAAAGUAUGAAGGAAUCGUUCAGCGUGCGAGCCGCUCUGAGCACUAACAUUAUGACUAAACAUUGAUCGUCCUUUUGGAUUUGUUAAAGAGUGAGCGAAUGUGUCGGUGAGUGCAAAGUUCAAACCCUAAUCUCAGGUUUGUCUGUGUGGCUGAGUGAAUGAUUUUACAAGAGUAGUUUGUUUUUGUCAAACGUCCCAUGAUUUCCUCGCCGCAAAGACAUUUAUACUCAUGUAGUCCUGUGUAUGUAUUGUGUUCUGGUGUUCAUGUUAUUAUUUUUUAACACAAAAAAGAAUUAAAUGUUUAAAACCGUUUUCCACCAAA